AUGUCUUCUUCGGCUUCUUGUCCUCUGCCCCACGUCGAAGAGGCUCUGCGCCCUUACAUACACGAUCGUCAGGAAACCUUGCGUAUCCGCCAGACCCUAGCCGACUUCUUCCAGUCUCAGUUCCCCACCACCGAGCAGCAGCCGCUCAACCGUCUAAACCUAGCAUUCCCUCCAUCGGAGCCCAAUGGCGAAGAGCCUCCUCUUGAACUCACAGGACUACGGAAGAAGUACCUUGAAGCCGUAAAAGCCCAAGCGGCGGCGAAAGAACGUCGCGAUGCCCUGAACGCGGAGCUCAACCAACUCCAGAGAUCAGACAUAGAUCGCAAGAGCGAGUUUACCCGGGAUUUGUCUUCCCCCGACGAUGGCAUCAGCUCCCACAUUGCUCUGUUGCAUCAGCGUAGGCGCCAUAGAAAACUGCAAAUCCUGCAAUCAGCCUUGGACCAAAUUGCCGACACAGAGCCCAACCCCACGCGGAGGGAUCUUCAGCAGUGGCUCAAGGACAGAUUAGGUGAUGCACCGCUUCCACCCCCGGAAUCUGGCUCGGAUGAAGGCAUUGAAGCUGGCAUAAACGACCAAGUUUUGCGGCUGAAGAAAGAGCUCCUUCAGACGAAGCACGGCCUGGACGAAGCUAAAAAGCAGCAAGUGAGCAGGCAGGAACAGCUCCCGUCGGUGUCUGAAGCCAGCCUCGAAGCACAGGUGUUUGCUUUGCGGUGUGCAAGAGACGAGCUCAUCAACUGGAUUGAAGGCGAGCUGGCCAAGCUCGCGGAGCAAGAGGGCGCAGACGAGAAAGCGCUGCACCAUGACCUACACCGCGGCUCGGUAUCCGACAGCUCGUACCAAGAGCAAGUGGCGACGCUGUACGACCGCUACGUCUCCACUCGUGCGUCUCUAGUCGUGGUCGUUGAAGCUGUGGCAGCGGCGAACAAGGACGCAAAUGCCAUGUCAGAAAGAGGUAGUGAUGCACCAGGUCCCGUGAAGGAGCCAGAAAGUUCCGAAACCAACACACUUCCGCCUUCGGAGGUCCUUGCCUAUGCGCCGAGUCUGUUGCAGGCCGUCAAGGACGAGCGCGCGCUUCUGCAGCAAACCUCGUACUUGCGCCAUGAGCUCGCAAAAGCCCAGGAGGAGAACCGUAACACGUUGCAGCGCCUGGCGAACGAGAGCCAUCUCGUUCCGCCAGCUGCAGAUAGCGCGUUGUUCUGGGCGCAAGCGGCAAAAGAAGCUUCAAAGGGCACAGAGGAAUCGGUAGUUGAGCAGCUGAAGGCUGGUGAGACGAGUAUUGCUGGCGCGAAGGCUAUCUUGGCGGAACUUGAGGCACGGAAGAAGGCGUUCAAUGAACUGGACAUGGGUAUUUGAUUGGUGCUUGUAAGCUAUGCUACACACCAAAGACUUUCGUGAUGGGCGGUCGUUUUCCAUAAAACAGAAGUCGGUCUUCAAUUGUGGAACUAGGCUCAACCCAUUCAACAGACCGGAAACCCUUACAACUUGAAUGCCGGAUUAUCCGUAGGUAGGCACUUCGGGUUGGACCUCUUCACAGCCAGAGGCCUAUACCUUAU